AUGGCAUUCCAGCAGGAAUACCCCUUGGUCCUCCUGGGGAUUCUGGAGGAGCUGGCCAAUAUGCGCCACUGGCUUUCCUUCCAAGACCUGUGCCGAAUGGUUAGCACCCGCUUUGACCUUGAGCACCUUAUUGAGCUCAGGAGCCUGCUGUUUGCUGCUGCCAGCCGAGACCCCUGUUUUCCAGCUACCCUCUUCAGAGAUCGGGUGACAACAAGAAGCCUGGGGUUAUCUCCCAUAGGUGUGGCUGCUGAUAUUGUGACUAUCUUCAAUCUUAUUCAGAUGACAGGAGGUCCUCUUGAUGAUAGCCAACCAAUGAGAACCCAGACCGUCCUCCCUGUUGACCAAUCCCCAGGGCCCUCUCUGCCUGGAGUCAAUCAGCUGAGCCUUGGCGGACGGGAAAGAGCACACACCUACUCUGACUCGGGCAGCAGGCUUAUCGACCAGCAUUUGCUCCUCCCAAAAUCAAAUUAUUCAAGCCGCAAGCGAGCAAGUCUCCCUCCUGAUCCCACCACGCUUGUCUCCUCCCCUCCAGUCAGGGCAAGGGCUGUGUCUUUUGAUUUGUCUCACAACUCUUCUCUGGUCAAAAGCGAUCAGUUUCCCAAACAGGCCAUGCAGAAUAUCUACCUGCCCUUAGAGACGGACAGUGAGUCUAGUGGAGACUCCGUCCCCGUGGAAGUGUUUGAAGCUGAGCAAGAAUCAUCCGUCGGUCAGAAAAGAAGCAUCUUUAAGAAAGACUUUCAUAACCAGCCUCCUCUCAUACCUCAGGUGACCGUUAGCAGUGAGUCUCCAAGCCCUGGGAAAGGUCAGAAAGCCUUUGACAGUCGUAGCUUUGAGCUGUUCGCCAACCCUUAUCCUUCACCCACAGCCACCCACCAAUCACCAGAGAAGCAGACCAAACAUGAGAGCCUCGAUGACCUGCAGGACUCCACAUAUUUUGGACCUGGGUCCAUCCCAGACUGGUCCCCCCGCCACCUUCAACCUCCUAGGGUCCAGAAGAAUAUCUGGAACAACAAGAGCCAUAGCCUGGAGGAUCGAAUAGGCCUGGGCAGUGUGGGAAUGGGGAUGGAGUCACCAGGGGUCCAUCUCCCGAGAAGAUCAACCCCAGCUAUCAGUAACCUGGGGGGGUCUUCAGGAGGGGAAAGUGGAGAUAGUGGACUGCCAGGUGGAGGUGAUGUAGUUAAGGCUCAGGGAACCCAGACAGACCCUCCAGACCCACGGCGCCUCCGCAGUCUGGUUCAUGCUGACCGCCUCUCCUUCAUGGCCUCUCUAGAUGACCCUGAGUUUGGUGAGGAUGACAUCAGUGCCAUCUUUCGUUUUCUAGAUGACAUGAGCAUAUGCGGUUCCACUGGGGUUCUCCACCCCGGCGAUGGAACAGGAGCUGUCAAUCAGGAUAACCCAGAGGCCAGACGUGGGCGUCUUGGCCAGCUCCAGAGACUUUUCCACUCCCUUGAAAGCAGUGAUGAUGGCCUCAAAUCCAGUGUAUGCAAGCUGUUGCUCCGUAUGACCCAGAUAGAACGACAGCUGGAGUCCCUAUCUGAGGUGAAGGCUGAGAUCUCCCAGGUGCUCUCUGCUCUCCAGCGACUUGAUGAAAAGAUCCAGCAGCCUAUUGUUGGUGGUGAUGAUGGCCGAGGCACAGGGGGACGAUGGCUGGAGCCUCUCAGUGCUGGUGUCUCCUCCUUUAGCAGCCAUCCUGUAACUCCUGUUUCAGAGUCAUCUGACCCUCAGCCGCUGUCUGUGUCGGGGCAUCUGUUCCAAGGGACUAGCACUAGCAUGGACUGGAGCCGAUGGAACAUUUCUGGAGGUCAAAAAGAUAUUAGCAAGGGUCAGGCUGAUCCUAAGGGUGUGAAAGAGGGGAAGAAGGAUGUGUUUACUCGCCUUGCCCCCAAAUCCCAACCUGAGGAGAAGAGUGGUUUGGAUUCUAAACAGCCAAAUGUGUCAGUUGCUGCAAGAGACUGGACUGUAUCAUUCUCAAAAGAUAAAGAUGGCAAAGUUUUGCAUGGAAAAAUGGGACAGAUGGACCAUGCAAACAGCACAGCAAACUUGCUCUCUCAAAAGUCCUCCAGUCUGGUUGAGCAGGUCUUUAACUCAGCCCUGUUCCGACAGAAGGACAGUAGUCUUACUGGUGGGCUAACCUCUGGGAAGAUUAUGGACCCAAGACUGGCGGAAAGUCGAGGAAAGCCAGUCUGGACAGUAGAUGACAGAGAGUCCCGAAUCUCCCCUUUGGAUCUUCAGGGCCAAGAGUCCCUGAACCCCAAUAACAUGGAGUUCUGGAUGGAGGACAUCUAUACUCCAGGAUAUGAUGCUCUUCUCAGGCGCAAGGAGGCUGAUCUCCGCCGGGCCAAGGCCUGCAAGCUGGGUGCUCUCAUCGCCACCGCAGUGACGAUUAUUCUUAUCAUUGUCAUUCCCAUCUGCACCAUGAGAACAUAA